AAUAAGAGCACAAUUUAUAUGCAAUCGAUCACUACUACUGAUGGCUGAAGUGAAUUACACGGCGAGUACGGCGUCGGCCAACGGCGACGAAUCACUAGAACCGUCGGUCGAGAUAUUGGACCCGAGAAUAACCAGUAGUUCCCACUCUAAUGACAAACACAGCGAAGAUAAUGAUGAAGAGAAAAAGGUUUCCAACCGCCCUUCAAGGGACGCGUGGAGACAACAAAGAUUACCGGCGUGGCAGCCAAUAUUAACAGCGGACACAGUAUUGCCAGCAUUUUUUCUUCUCGCAAUCGCUUUAAUACCGAUCGGCGCCGGACUUCUCGUUUCGUCAAAUUCUGUCAAAGAAUAUGUCUAUGAAUACACUGACUGUAUUUCAACUGAUGGGAAGAAGAAGUGGAGGGGAAAUAAGAUCAAAUGCGAGUGCAUUCACAACUUUACAAUAGACAAGGACUUUGAUGCCCCGGUAUUCUUAUACUACGGUCUCUCCAACUACUAUCAGAACCACCGGCGAUACGCCAAGUCUAGAGACGACACCCAAUUGGCCGGAACACAAGCCAAACAUAUCAAGGAUUGCCAUCCAUAUGAUUACGAUAAAAACAAGCGACUUAUAGCGCCCUGCGGUGCGAUCGCUAACUCCCUGUUCACCGACACGUUUCAGCUCUACUAUCAGCCGACUGACAGCAACUAUGAACCCAUAGAUUUGGCCCAAACGCACAUCGCUUGGCCCACAGACAAGGAGUACUUGUUUAACAACCCGAAGGACGGCUUCGACAGCAAAAUAGGACGUCCGCCCCUUUGGACGAAGAAUAUCGACGACUUGGACCCAAACCAUCCCAUCAACAACGGCUACGACAACGAGCACCUGAUUGUGUGGAUGCGAACGGCAGCCUUUCCC